AUGAGUUCUGCCAAACGCCCAGAUCUCUCCUCUUCAUCUCACGAUAUCGAGAUCGGCGGCCCCAGUGAGACAGAUUCGCUCCUCGACAGAGGCCGAACGAAAAUGACGCGGUUUUUCCAUGGCUUUGUCGAUUUUGCGUUUCAAGGGAAUAUUCUGCAGAUUGCAUUUGGCUUAAUUGUCGCCGCCGCCUUCACAGACCUCGUCAAAUCCUUCGUCAGCGCCAUCCUCAUGCCCCCAAUCGCCAUCAUCCUCCCCAUCAACAAGAACAUUGAGGAGAAAUUCGCCGUCCUGCGCGCAGGUCCCAACUACAACUCCUCUUCGCCUAGCGGUGGCUACAACACGCUUAAUCAAGCCCAAUCGGACGGCGCCGUCGUCAUGGCGUACGGCUCAUUCAUCUACCAGAUGGUGUCUUUCAUCAUGGUUGGGUUUUCGCUGUAUGGGCUGGCGCACGUGUAUACGCUGCUGUCGCAUGAUCCGAUUAUUAAGUAUUCGAAAAAGUGCCAGUAUUGUUUGAAGAGGAUUAACGAAAAGUCUCGCCGGUGUAUCAAUUGCAGUAGUUGGCUUGAUGGCAGGGAAGACCUCCCUCAGCCUGAGUGGCGAGAUUCUUCAUCAAGUGAUUCUUGA